AUGACAGAAGAGAACCAAUCUGUCAUCUCCAGUUUCCUCCUCCUGGGCCUGCCUAUCCCUCCAGAACACCAACACCUGUUCUAUGCCCUGUUCCUGGCCAUGUACCUCACUACUGUCCUGGGAAACCUCACCAUCAUUAUCCUCAUUCUACUGGACUCCCACCUGCACACACCCAUGUACUUAUUUCUCAGCAACUUGUCCUUCUCUGACCUCUGCUUCUCCUCUGUCACAAUGCCCAAAUUGCUGCAGAACAUGCAGAGCCAGGACCCAUCCAUCCCUUAUGCAGGCUGUCUGACACAAAUGUACUUUUUAACAGUUUUUGGAAACAUGGAGAGUUUCCUCCUAGUGGUCAUGGCUUAUGACCGCUAUGUGGCCAUCUGCUUCCCUCUUCAUUACACCAGCAUCAUGAGCCCCAAGCUCUGUGUGAGACUGGUGGUGCUGUACUGGGUGCUGACCAUAUUCCAUGCCAUGCUGCACACCCUGCUCAUGGCCAGAUUGUCAUUUUGUGGGAAUAAUGUGAUCCCCCAUUUUUUCUGUGACAUAUCUCCUCUGCUGAAGCUAUCCUGCUCUGACAAACAUGUUAAUGAGUUGGUGAUAUUUAUCAUGGGAGGCCUUGUUAUUGUCAUUCCAUUCCUACUAAUUGCUAUGUCUUAUGCACGAAUUGUCUCCUCCAUUUUUAAGGUACCUUCUGUUCGAGGCAUUCACAAGGUCUUUUCCACAUGUGGUUCCCACCUGUCUGUGGUCUCAUUGUUUUAUGGGACGAUUAUUGGUCUCUACUUAUGUCCAUCAACCAAUAACUCUACUGUGAAGGAGAUUGCCAUGGCCAUGAUGUACACAGUGGUGACUCCCAUGCUGAAUCCCUUUAUCUACAGCCUGAGGAACAGAGACAUGAAGGAGGCCCUGAUAAGAGUCCUUUGUAAGAAGAAAAUUCCCUUCUGUCUUUUAUAG